AUGAUUCUUAUGGAUGACAAGGGUUGUAAGAUUCAUGCUUCAGUUAGGAAGACUCUUAUAUACCGAUUUCAAUCUUUUCUAAGUGGAGGAUGUGUAUAUCAUAUUUCGUUCUUUGGUGUUGGUGAAAGCGGUCGUGAUUUCCGUCCAACUUCGCAUCCAUUCAAGAUCAACUUUGAUAUUCAUACAUCUGUGCGCUUGGUUCCCAACAAGACCAUCAACUUAAGCCCUUACAAUUUUGUGCCAAUAUCUGAUAUAAUGUUUAAGGUCCUUGAUACGUCUUUUCUUAUAGAUGUGAUUGGAAUUCUCACUGGUGCAAGUGGUGAACAAGAGUUUGAGAAAUAUGGUACAAAGCAGAAAAUAAUUACUAUUGAACUUGACCAAGAUGGAUACACAUGCACAAUGUUCUUGGAAUCAAAUGAUACUGCGGUGCGUGUCAUUAGUCCGCUGCAAGAUUCUGCAAAAAAAUCUACCCUUGAAGAUGAUUUUCUAAAGCAGAGUGAUGAGAAAACCAUCGAGCAACUCAAAGAUCUUGCUGAUGUAUAG